AGCUCAAUCCCGGGCUAAACUCCCAGACUGUUGUCCUGAGUAUGGCUGCCUGACGGCAUGUAGUUUUCCUCAGGUGAUCCCAACAGUCAUGGACAUCAGUUAUUGUGACAUGCACGCGGACUCAUCAGCAGCCUCACUUUAUCUCGAAACAAUAAUUAAUUGUGCAUUAGCAUUGCUCAGUUCUCGGUAAUGUCUUUCAGUUGGUUAAAGUUGCUUAGCAGCUAGCUCUUACUUAGCUAGGAAGCCUUUGUAGCAGCACGUAAGCUAGCUAAUGUCUUGGGCGAUCUCUAGCUUUCAACGGCUGUCAGCAUCAUCAGCCCUCUGAUGGAAGGGUGAGGGGGACGAUGCUGGGAUUCCUCCAUAUCCUUUUAACAGGCCUGAUAGGUUUUCUGUGGGAUGGAGUUUCUGCUUUUGGUGGGGUCAGACUAGUGGAUGGGGAGAACAAUUGUUCUGGCAGAGUGGAGGUGCUCCGCCAUGACCAGUGGGGGACUGUUUGCGACCAUGGCUGGGACCGCCGGGAGGCUCACGUGGUGUGCCUGGAGCUGGGCUGUGGCUUAGCUGAAUUUGCCCUUCCUGGUGCAGCAUUUGGUGCAGGCAGUGGAGAGAUCUGGCUGCGGCAUGUCCAGUGCUCUGGACACGAGUCCAGUGUGACACGCUGCGCUGUUGUCCUCCACAGUAACUCCUACUGCACCCAUGAGAAUGAUGCAGGAGUGAAAUGCUCAGGUACCCUUUUAAUGCCCACCCUCACCCUGCUGUCACCGCACACUGUGUUCUCUCCCGGCGAGGCCGUUCGCUUCGGCUGCAGCGCUCUGCUGGGUCACCACCUCAGUGACUUCCACUUGUACAAGCAUGGAGUGUCCACGCCGCUGGUUACACAGAGGGCGGACCAGACCCAGCCCACAGUGGAGCUGACACUGUCCGACAUAGAGACUUUCCACCAGGGCAGCUACAGUUGUGGGUACAGGAUCAAGGGCGGCUUCCCUUCUCAGCUGCUCAGCUCUCCACCCAGCAACUCCAUCAACAUCACUGUGGUGGAACUUCUGACUCCUCACCACUGGUACAACACGUCUACUGAGGCCCCGUCUGGUUCCGUCAUUAAAGGCCACAACUUUAACAUCACCUGCUCCACACCGCAGCAGUACCCUGGGGGUUCCUUCCAGCUGCGUCUGAUCCGCUCCAAUGGCACAGUGCGCCAGUCCCUGCCUGCUCUCACCCCGUCUGUCACUUUCACCUUUCCUAAUGCCCAGAGCUCCAACGAGGGCUACUACUACUGCCUGUAUCGGGUCCAGCUGGGUGGACGAACCUUUGUCUCUAGAGAAAGCCAGCCCCUGCCUAUAGCCAUCAGAGACCCAGAUCCAGUACUGAGUCCAAUGGUGAUCAGCUGGCUUGUGUCUGGCCUGACAUUUUUUGUAGCUGUCAUCAUUAUACUUACUGUGGCCAAGGUACUGUGUAACAAGGAGAAGAAGCCCUCUGAACUGGAGCGAGAGACCAGAACCUACAGAAGGCUCUCACCGUGUCUAUCGUGGAUUCAGUCGGCAGGGGACCUAACACAGAAACAAACAGCUUGGUUGGACCUUAUGAAAAAGGCACCACCUGGUCCCAGUUCAGUACAGUUUGGAUGAGUCACUUCUUACUGGACUUACUAGAGUAUUCUUUCAUACCAGACUUGAGGCUAGUGUGGAAGAAAGGGGGAACAAUGGAUACGAUUGACUUUUAAGGCAAGCUGUGAGGUAACGGACACAGAAAACUGACAGUAAGAACUAUUUCAAUUUCGGAGUCAGUAUUGGUUCAAGCUAGACAAAUUCACUCAGACUCGGCUGCUGCCAUGACGCAGAUGUAUGGAGUGGGAAAACAUUACUAAACUGACAUGGGCUCUUCAGGUCUCUGUAUAUGCAGUUUAAAAACAUUGUUUUGUAUUCAUUACCAGGUGACACUAAAGACAGACUAGCUCAUUGUGUACUCUUCUACAGAUCAAUGGAAUGAAUUUUUGUAUUAAGUCUAACCCAACUAUGCAUCUUAUGUAAUUUACAACAUGUCCAUUACCACAUUUAAAGUCUGUAAAUAGAAGCUGAAGUUGAUUGAAAUGCUGCUGCUGUUCGGGGUUCAAUCACUUAUGUUUGACAGUCUACAAAUAUUACUGCAUGUAAUGUAGGUUCAUUUUUAUGUCAUCAGAUCAAAUUCCGUAAGAGGAAAACACUUAACAAAUUCAAUACUAUGGGUUCGUUAUUUUUUUUUAUACACUAUUCUUCACAUUUAAAAUGUAGCUUUGCUCCUGAAUAAAUUACUUGGAAGUGUCAAA